UUCUAGACAUGGAAGAAAACCGACAAUCGAGAAAACCGCAAAUUGUCCUUUGGUUGGAAGGACGAUUCGAAAAUAUGAUGAAUGGACGGGCCGUAAGGUCCGUUCUCAUACGAAAUAAUCGUCAAGAAAAUGGUUCUGUGGAUCAUGUCCCUCGGUCGAUUCAAUUCGAUGAAAGUUCUGACGAAUACAGAUGUCUGUGCAAUUGCUUCCAUGUUAAAACGGGUGCCUUCAUAAUUGGUUGCGUUCACGUUCUUAUGAUUCUAUUCUUCCUGAUUCACAGUUUAUUCGUCUACUUCCAACAUGAUGGACGGUUACAGCAGGCUCGUGGUGUCAAGGAAAACUACGUCUUUGGUUCUUUUCUUGCGGAAAUGAUCGGACUCGGUCUGGGUAUUUUCGCGGUUUUCCUACUUUUUGUCGCUUUGUCCCGAAAUUCGGCUCUGCUCGUCGUACCACAUCUUGUUAUGCAGGUCAUCGCAAUUCUAUGCUUCAUCGUCGUAUUAGUAUGUGGAACAAUAGCAUUGUGCACUGAUUCAGCAGUUUUCUACCGAUUAAUCAAUGCAGCGCCUUUUAUGGAACACCCGAAUAACAACACAGUGGCUCUUGAUACUGGAACCAUGGUGCGGAUCUACUCAUUGAUGAUCGUUUAUGCAGUAUCGCUUGCACUAGAAUUCUGGUUCAUCGUUGUCAUUUACAAUUGCAACAGAUACCUAGAUGAACGUAGUGAUUAUAUGAAAUACUGUCUAGCAUUUAGCACGCCGAUGAAGACCCUCUCUGCUAGAUAGAAUCGUUUGUUCUAGAUCCUAAUUUUGUCAUUCCUAUGUAAUUUCGUUCGUUUAGUCUUCACAAUUAUUCUUGCCUGUGUAAUCUCUGCUAGAGCUAUUAUCGUCUUAUUAUUCCACGUACGGUUUAAUUAAGUCAGUUACGCUAAACAAUAAUUCAAUCUACAUAUAUUUAAUGUUCUUUGCUUCAAAAAAAAACAUUUUUAAUCUUUGAUUUUGAAAGUGUGUCAUUUUCACCCAAGGUUUUACUGAGCAUUUAUUUUUUUUUACUUCACCACUUUACCUCUAUCUUUGACUACUUUCACUUGCUCAGCUUCUUCUCGAACCUGUUCUUUCACUUUUCAACACAAUUGAAUUUUAUCUACUCUUUCUGAGGUUGUGACAAUGUACAUAGACUAUUCUUUUCCGAUCUUUUUAUUUCAACUUUUUUUUUAUCAUAACACAAAAUAAUCAUGCUUUUAAAAUAAUAAUUGUUCAGAUCAUUAAAAUCCGAUUAACAUUGAUUAGUAAUAUUGUCGAGAUCAUUUGGUACAAUAAAAUUAAGUAAAAACAAA